AUGGACAUAUCCCGAUUCCAGGACACGAGCAGGUUCGGUGGCGUCUUCAGCACAUUUUUCCGAGCACCAUCGGAGCGACGGAGGGUGAGGCGGAGGAGGAGCGGCAAGAAGAAGUCGCGAGUCCUCUACUUUGGAAACUCAUCGUCGUCGUCAGUCAACUCGGAUCUUGCUUAUGGUACCGGGUAUGUUCGACGCAGGAGGAGUCGCGACUUCAGCCAACAACACACUCCAACCCACGCGCCAGCCCAGCCUGCGACUUACGCGGCGGCGCAUCACUCCUCGCCCCAUGGACAGAACCCCCCCUACUACCAGCAGCAGCAGCAGCAGCAGCAGCAGCAGCCCCAACCCCAACCUUUCUUCAACGAGCCUCACCGCCCGCUCCAUGCCGAGCCACAGUCCAUUAACCCAGUACACGUCGCCGCCGCAGGGGCAGCGGCAGGCGUGGCCGCAAGUGCGGCGCUGGGUCUGGCUGCCGACUAUUAUCACCCCGAUGUCCAGAUCCCAUCUAAGCCAGCCACGCCCCAGCGACGGAAGACGGAUGAUGAGAUCAUGGCGAUCGGUCGCCAACUUUCCGAUCUUGCCAAGCGCCAGAACGAGGAGGACCUGAGGGUGCGAGGCGUAACUAGACCAUCACGGUUAGUAUCCGCCGCUGCCAAGAUUGAAGAGUAUCGUAAGUUGAGGAAGUCUAGAAAAGAUAACACGAACCGCGGGCUGGUGUACUCCAAGCCGCAUCGCGACUCCUCUGAUGAUGACUCGGACUGGGAAUCGGCUUCUGACGACGAUUCGUCUGAGGAUAGCGCUGAUUCCGAGAUGGCGUAUGGAACGGUUGUGUCGCAGGCCAUCCGCCCCUCAACAGCUGCCAUGGCUGGAGCGGCCGCUAUUGGUGCCGCGGGCGCUGCGGCGGCGUAUGGAAGACACUCGAACAACAACACCAACCGUCCCGGACACGAUAACCGGAAUGUUGUCGACCCGUCGUUAUUUGGACCCUACAACUCGCUCCGUGGGAUGAUCAACACACCCUGCGGUUUUGGAGACGAGCGGAACGGAGCAGCCCAGCAUAAGGGACCCAACCCUCUGAAGCGCUCCUCAACAGAACCAAUGGGGCCUAUGCACAAUGUCUACCCGAUCCCAACAUCCGAUCCAACCAGGUUUAACGCUGGUUGGGGCACCAUGGCGUCCCCCCGCCAUGAGCAUCCACGCCCUGCACCCGUCCCGCUUCAGCACCCCGCGCCGAGGACCCCUGUGCCUGACAAGGUCUUUCGGGCAGAUAAGAUCGAGGAUGUCAGUCGCAAGGAGUCUGCGCGCGAUCGUUCGGACUCUUCCCCGGGUUUCGGAAAGAUGGCUGCCGGUGCUGCGGCUGCUGGCGUUGCCGCCGCGGUGAUUGGCGGAGCGUUGGCCAAGGACAAGAGCAAGGACGACUACGAGUCUCGAGACCACCGUAAUGGCGACGAUAAGGAUCGUGAGAAACGAUCCCGUCGAGUCGAUCGAGAAGACGAGAAGGAUACGGAGUCGCGGAAGUCGAGGCCUUCCUCCCAGUUCCGAGACGAGGUCGACAAGUACGCCAGGUAUGCCAAUGACAGGGCCUCCAAGUCCAACGGCGACAAGUACUCCAAAUCUAGAGACGAAAAGUACUCUCAGUCUGCCGAUGAUAGGGCUUCUAAGUACGACGAUGACAGAGCCGUCAAGUAUGACGAUGACAAGUACUCAAAAUCUAGAGACAACAAGUACUCUGGGUAUGACGAUGACAAGGUGUCCAAGUAUGAUGAUGACAAGUACUCGAAAUACAGGGACGACAAGUACUCGAAGCGCGACGACAAGGUUUCUAAAUAUGAAGACGACGGAUCCUCCAAAUCUAGAGACGAUAAGUACUCCAAGUACGGGGAUGACAAGUACUCUAAAUACGAGGACGACAAGUACUCCAAAUACAGAGACGACAAGUACUCCAAGUACGGAGACGACAGAUACUCUAAGUAUGGAGAGUCUUCGAAAUCAAAGGACUACGAGGAGCCUUCGCGUACUCGAGAUCUUCCCGCCCUGCAGAAGCUUCCCUACGACUCCACUCCUGCCGAUUCUUCCUCAAAGGCGCCAGUUGACCCCUUCCAAUUCCAGGUCGACAACUUCAUGACGCCUGCAGUGUCAGACCCCCCGCGCCCCUUGACUCCCAUGGUGGUAACGGUCGAUCGUGAACCAGUAUUUGAUGACGAUUCCCCGCCGUACACGCCACCGGGUGAUAGGAGGAUGAGCCGGAAAGACUCGUUCGAGCUUGAGCAACAGCAUCAGACGAGGGCAGCUGACGAAUUCCCGAGCUUUGUCAGCCGCGUCGCUCCUGCUGUAGUACCUGCCGCAGCAGCAGCAGUAGCCGCUGGCGCGAUUGUCGCGGCCUCGAAGUCUGACGAUGUUCCUAAAUCUACUGAGGCUUCACGCGAGCGCAGAAAAGAGAAGAGCAAAAGGCAGAGUAAAGCUACAGAGCCCAAGGACGAAAUCCAGGAAAAUGCAGACCGGUAUUAUCGAGAAGCAGAGCUAGCUAGGAAGAAGGCAUCUGAAGAGAUCCGGUCUCGCAGCCCGUCCCCCGAGGCUAAAGGAGACGAGCGUGAGCACGUCCGUGUUGUCACACCGCCCGGAUACCGGGAACGUACCAAAGGGCUUCUUGACGGACCAAAUGCUGAUGUGUUGAUUGACCACAUGUUCUUUCCACAAGAAUCAGAGCGGUUCCGCACAGAGCGUAGAUUGGACGGCAGCUAUACUUUAGCGAGAGACCCCUCUGCUCAAGGAGAGCGACCUGUUCUGAACCUCACGUACCCUACCCCCGAAUCAAGCCGCGCUCCUUCGCCUUCUCGUGAGCCCGUCCCCGCACCGAAGAAGGAACCGGAGUGGGAUAAUGUCCGAGAUGUUGAGCCCGAGGCUGAUAAGCGCCGAGAUGUCCAUGAUGACUCGUCUAGAUCUGACGUUGGUUCUCGGCGCAGUGAUGACGAGAGAGACGAUACCACCUCGAGAUCUGCAGUCGGAGUGGGCUCCUAUGACCAGGUGUCAGUAGCGCCCCCCAAAUCAGUGAAAUGGGGGGAAAAUCAGACUAAGAGCUUCGAAGUCAUCACUCCCGAGGCAAGAGAUGAUGUCGAACAUGACUUCAGUCGCUCCCAAUCUGACGAGAAGCCACGCCCUCGCCUAGAGAAGGGUAGUCAGUGGGGCAUGAUGGCUGCUGCAUUGGCCGCCGGUGCCGCCGGUGCUGCUGGAACCUUUGCCGGUUCAAUGAUGGGAUCAAAAUCUCGAGAGGAUGACGAUGCAGGCCCAUCGCGAUCCCUCGAAAAGGAGUCAACGGACGCUAGCUUCGACAAGCUGGAUGAUCUGAUGGAUGCUCCUCCCAUCCCGGGACCUAAGCCUUCAAGCCCUAAGCCCGAGCAUAUGCCUGGUGGUUAUGCAGACGAUAUCGAAUUCGCCGCAACCCUUGCAGCGGGUCUGAAGCACACUGGCUUUGAUGCCAACAUUGUGAUUGAUGACCCCACGUUUCAUCGAAGAGACUCACCCCCUGGCUCGAAUGAACUAAACGGCAAGCACUACUAUCACCCUACCGUGGACUCUGUAUCGGAUUUCAGUCUCCAAGAGAAGCACCGUGGCCCUGAGACGGGCUUUGUUCUGGGUGAAGUUGAAACGCCCAAGGACGAAUCCCUGCCAUUCCAGGAUGCCGAAGAGUCUAGUUCGCGAAAGCUGAGCAAGAAGGAGAGGAAAAGACUUGCAAAGCUCACAAAGGAGUCUGAUGUUGUCGACGCACCACAACCCUCAUACGAGCCAGAGUCCCAGUCAAGAGCUAUAUAUGAGACCCCUGAACAAGUCGAGCCGGAGCCGAAACUCAGCAAGAAGGAAAAGCGCAGGCGAGAGAAGGCUGCCAGAGAGGCCGCUCUAGAUGCACAAGACAGUGAUGGGCAGAUUUAUGCUGAGCCAGAACCCAUCAUUCACUCUGAAGCAUCUUGGGAAAACUGGGAAGACACAUCGGAUCUGAAAUCACGAGUUUCGAGAACUCGUGGUCUCGAUAGUUCCGAGCAUUCGCUCGUUUCGGCACCGAUUGGUUCAUCAUCAGAGGUGAAGCCAUCCAGGGCGAUCCACUCAGAUGACGAAUGGGAGUCCACCAAGAAGUCAAAGAAGAAAUCGAAACGUAGCUCAGGUUAUGAUUCCCCUUCACGAGACUUUCCCGUACGAUCAGCUACGACAUCGGAGGUCGGUGUCGAGGAUUCAGAGAAGAAGAGCAGGAAGUCGAAGCGAAGAAGCGGCACGGACGACGACUUUUAUAGAUAUGAUGACGAGCGACCAAGUCGAACCCGUGAUCUCUUCGAGGACCGUGAAGUGAGUUCGAUAGUUUCUGAGCCUCGCACUGAGGACAAACAGAAGAAGAGUCGUAGCAGCAAAACCGAUUACCGUUAUGACGAUGAUGACACCAAGUCUGUUGCUUCUGCUCCUGGUUCAUCGCGGAAGAGCAGGGAGUCUGAGAAGAGCAAGGAACCCGAGAGGAGAUCAAGUGGACUAUUUUCGAGCAUAUUCAAGUCCAGCAAAGAUGGUGAAAAGCAGAAGAAGGAUUCUUUUUUAGGUAAUGCCGGCACUUUUGGCGCGGGUGUCGGCAUCCUGGGAAUUGGGGCAGCAGCUCUCUCUCCUUUCAACGCCAACAAUGCUUUCUCGGAAAAGAAGACUGACCCUCAGGAUAUCUCUGAAUGGUCGCGCAAUGUCGAGAAUUACGACCCCGACAUCGUGGCUCGUGCAAUAAAGCCGGCCAUUGAUCCCCAGUAUGGGGACCUUCUUCCACUUCCCCCAAGUGAGCCUGGUACGCCUGUGGGCACGCCAGAGGAACUUCCUACCUUACCGGACAGCCGGCCAGAUACCCCUCCAGAGGAGCGAGGAUUGAGGCGUGAGCGUCCAUUUCACAACCGGCGACGAAGUGCUCACGAGACGCCGUCCAAAAUUCCUAGCAACACUGCCAUCCCCAUCCAACUACGGAUGGGAGGCCGAUCUGGGCCAUCUUCCCCGGCCCUCUUCAAGGCUUCACCCAUGAGCUCCCCUGUUGUUGGCAUGGCUGAAAGCCCAACUAGAUCCAGCCCAACGGUGGUGCGACGACCUACCUCAUGGGACAGCAGCCGCGAGUUCAAGCCACUGUACUUGGUCGAGCACUCUCGCCAUAUUUCAAUCGACUCGCCCAUCAUGGAAGCCGAUCUCCCUGCUUUGCCCCCGAGUGAAUCAUCCUCUCGCGGAUCUCCUCCCGAAUCUGAAGGCUGGGAGUCUGCCCACGAAUAUGCACAGGCUAUGAAUGACCGAGGAUUCGACUAUGGCGACUACGGUGAUAACUCUGGAUUGCGACUUGAUACAUCUAUGCCUCUGAUGCAGCCCAGCCACGACGAGACUGGCUCUCAAGAAUCGACACCCAAGGCUGAAAUGAGGCCAGAGUUUCCAGAUCUGUCAUCGCUCACAAGAACUCUUGAUCAGGGCGAGCCGAGUGCCCUGGCCGGCCCAACCGAGGAGCAGCAACAUGAGCCUGAGCCAGUUGAAUCCAUGUCUAGAGAUAGAAGUUCAUACCUGCUGCAGUCUGCCCCCUCGCCUGUGCAGUCAGUUCGGUCUAUUCGCGGAGAUUUCGAUGACUACAGGUUGCCCGAGGUCCCCACCACUCCCACCAGAACGUACGAUGCAGAGGAAAUCAACGUGGUAGACUACAAGGAUGAACUGGCCUCUGUUGAUGACCACUUCUCCGAUGCUCAGGAGAUGGACAGCGUCAGAUCCGUUGAGCUGGUUCCUGCUGCUGCUGUUGAGGGCAAGGGCAAGGGUGAAGAAUUUGUCGAACCUCGGGUUGCUGAAGAUGUCCCUACCUCUGGAGAUGCGCUUGCCAUCGAACAGGCUCCUGCCACUGAAGAUGCUUCCGUCAUCGAAAAGACUCGUGCCACCGAGGAAAUUUCUUCUAUUGGAAAGGCACCCGCCACUGAAGAUGUCUCUGUCAUUGAAACGACUCCUGUUGUUGAAGAGAUCUCGUCUGCCGAAAAGACUCCUGCCACUGAAGAUGUCUCUGUCAUUGAAACGACUCCUAUCGUCGAAGAGGUCUCGUCUGCUGAAAAGGCCCCUGCUACUGAAGUUAUCUCUGAUAUUGAGAAGACUCCUCUCGUUGAAGAGGCCUCUGCCGUCGAAACGGCACCUACCACUGAGGACGUUUCUGUUAUUGAAAGCACUCCUGUCGUCGAAGAGGUGUCUGCAGUUGAAAAGGCACCUGCCACCGAAGACGUUUCUGCCGUUGAAAAGGCUCAUGUCACUGAGGAUAUCGAAAAGGCCCCUGUUAUCGAAGAGACACCCAUUGCUAGAGAGGUUCCUCGUACUGGAGAGGAAGAGCCUACUGCCGAGGAAUUGAGCAAGAUGUCAGCAAAGGAUAGGAAGAAGGCCAAGAAAGCGGCCAGGAAGAGAGCCGAGGCGCUGGUUCUUGGCGCCACCGAAGACGUUUCUGCCGCUGAAACGGCUCCUGCCACUGAGGAAAUCUCUUCUAUCGAAAAGGUCCCUGUUGCCGAAGAGAUUUCUUCUGUCGAAAAGGCACCUCUCACUGAGGAGACACCCAUUACUAAAGAGGUUCCUGGUGCUGGGGAGGAAGAGCCUACGGCUGAGGAAUUAAGCAAGAUGUCAGCAAAGGAUAGGAAGAAGGCCAAGAAAGCGGCCAGGAAGAGAGCCGAGGCGUUGGCUCUUGGCCUCGCUGCUGGUGUAGCUGUCGGUGUUGCUGCCAAUACUUCGAAAUCGACCGAGUCUGAAACACCUGCGCCUACAGAGGAAGAGACUUCUGCCCUUGAACAGGCACCUGCCGUUGACAAGGCCAUUACUACAGAAGAGAUUCCUGCGGUAGAAAGUGCCCCUGCUGCAGAUGAAGCUCCAACCGCAGAAAAGGCCGUUGUCACGGAUGAGACCUCUGCAGCGGAAAAUGCUCUCCCCACAGAAGAGAUUCCUCCGGUAGAAAAUGCCCCUACUGCAGAUGAAGCUCCAUCCACAGAAAAGGCCCCUAUCACGGAUGAGACCCCUACACCAGAAAAUGCCCUCACUAUAGAGGAGAUCCCCCUGGAAGAAAAAGUUCCUACUGCAGAUGAAGCUCCGAUCACAGAAAAGGGCCUUAUCGCUGAAGAUGUUCCUACACCAGAAAACCUUGUUAUCACAGAGGAGGUUCCUACGGUAGAAAAUGUUCCCACUCCCGAUGAAGUUGCUCUCACAGAGGAAGUCCCUAUCGCAGAAGAGACCCCUACUGUAGAAGAGACCCCUACCACAGAACAGGCUCUUGCCGCAGAGGAGGCUCCUAGCGCAGAACAGGCCUCUCGUAUAGACGAGACCCCGGUGACCGAGGAGACACUGGCUCCAGAGGGUGCUCCUACCAUUAAGGAAGCACCUGUCACAGAGGAUACUUCAAUCGCCAAGGAGCUUCCUGCUACAGAGGAACCCCCUAGAACAGAGGAACCCCCUGCAAUAGAGGAACCCCCUGCAAUAGAGGAACCCCCUGCAAUAGAGGAACCCCCUACAACAGAGGAAGUCCCCGUCUCCAAGGAUGCUCAAGCUGUCGAGGAGGAGCCCACUGCUGAACAGCUAAGCAAAAUGUCAAACAAAGAGAGGAAAAAGGCGAAGAAGGCCGCGGCGGCCAAGAAGAAGGCCUUGGCCUUGGCCCAAGAGGCAGCCGCUAUGACUACCGAAGCACCUGAGGCUCAAACACCUGCUCUUACAGAGGAAGUCUCUGCCGCUAAGGACGCUCUAACCUCAGAGGAGGGUGCUCUUGCUACGAGCAUUUCUGCGACCGCCGAGGCCCCUGCCGUAGAGGAGCCUACUAUUCCUAAGGAGUUUCCUACCACCGAGGAGCCUCCCACUACAGAGGAAGCCAUUGCUCCUAAGGAUAUUCUUACUACAAGAGAGGAUUUAGUUCCAGAAGAGGCUGCUAUUUCUAAGGAGGUCUCUACUGCUACGGAGCUUCCAGUUUCACAAGAGACCAUUAUUUCUAAGGAAAUUUCUAGUACUACGGAGGUUCCAGUUUUAGAGGAGGUUCCUCCUACGGAGGAGGCUCUGGCUAUGGAAGAGUCCAAAAUCCCUCGAGACAUUUCUACCACCGCAGAUGCUUUUGUCGCUAAGGAAAGCCCUGUUUUAGAGGAUGCAGCAGCUUCCAAGGAUAUCUCUGCCUUGCAGGAGGCUCCUAUUGUAGCGGAGGAUCCUGCUGUCGAGGCUGCACUUGCUGCAAGAGCAGCAGAAAUUGCAGCAGAGGAAGCAGAACUUGCUGCUCUAGAGCGCAAGAAGUCAAAGAAGACCGGCAGACAUAUAGUGAAGAGGGAUAGGGAUCGCUAUGCAGUCUUAAUCGCAAACGCAGAACAGCGCGCCGCAGAACAAGCAGCACGCGAGGCCUCCAACGCCAAAGUGACUCCUACUGCAGAAGAGACCGCGACCCCCAAAGAGACCCCUGCCACCGAGGAGACUGCUGAAGAAGCGCCUAUUGAACGAGAAGCCUCUGUCACGAAGGAGACUGUUAAGGAGACCUCCAUCGCUCAAGAUAUCCCUGCCGCAGAGACUACAGAGGAGGCCCCUGUCGUUGAAGAGGCCUCUGUCACGGAUAGGACGACUGAAGAGACUGCAGCCCCCAAGGAGGCCACAGUUGAAGAGACUCCGAUUGCAGAACAAUCUCUUGUCAUAAAGGAGACCCCCAUCGUCGAGGAGGUCUCUUCCGCAGAGCAAGCCACUGAAGAGACUCCCGUCCUUAAAGAGGCAACGGUUAAAGAUACUACCAUUGUAGAAGAGUCUCCUGCCACAACGGAUACCCCCAUCGUCGAGGAGGUCUCUUCCGCAGAGCAAGUUACUGAAGAGACUCCCGUCCCCAAAGAGGCCACUGUUGAAGAGACUCCUAUUGCAGAAGAAUCUCUUGUCACAAAGGAGACCCCUAUCGUCGAGGAGGUUUCUUCCGCAGAGCAAGCUGUUGCAGAGACUCCUAUUGCAGAAGAAUCUCUUGUCACAAAGGAGACCCCUAUCGUCGAGGAGGUUUCUUCCGCAGAGCAAGCUGUUGCAGAGACUCCUAUUGCAGAAGAAUCUCUUGUCACAAAGGAGAUUCCCAUCGUUGAGGAGGUCUCUUCCGCAGAGCGAGCCACUGAAACGACUCCCGUCCCCACAGAUGUCUCUACCACAGAGAAGACGGCCGAGGAGACACUCAUUGCUAAGGAUGCCCCUGCCGCAGAGACUACUGAAGAGACCCCAGUCGUUAAAGAGAUUCCAGUCACGGACGAGACUCCUGCAGAGGCUCCAGCCCCCAAAGAGACAACUGCUACAGAACAGACCUUUGAAGAGCCCUCCAUCAUUACAGAGGCCCCUGCCACAGAGGAGACAAUUGAAGUGAUUCCCGUUUCCAGCGAGGCCUCUCUCACUGAGGGUGUGUCUGUUCAAGAGGAAACUAAAGAGGUUCCGAUUGUAGAAGAGGACCCUGCUAUCGAGGCUGCCCGUGCUGCAAGAGAAGCAGAAAUCGUAGCAGAGGAACAAGAGCUUGCUGCCCUGGAGUUUAAGAAGCUAAAGAGGGUCUUACAGGCAAACGUCGCGCAACGUGUAGUAGAAAGAGAGGCUAGAGAAGCAGAAGAACGAGCAGCUCGUGAAGCUCCCAUCGACAAAGACAUUCCAGCUGCCGAAGAGGCUCCAGCCGAAGAGACAUCGAUCACUAAGGAGAUCCCUACCAUAGAAGAGUCUGCUUUCCAAAAGGCGCCCAUUACCGAUGAGGUUCCGGCUACAGAGGAGGUGCCUGCCACCAAAACAGACGACAUUUCUACCUCGAAGGAGGUUCCUGUUGCUGAAGAAGAACCAACUGCUGAGGAAUUAAGUAAAAUGUCAGCCAAGGACAGGAAGAAGGCUAAGAGAGCGGCUAAGAAGAGAGCCGAGGCGCUGGCUUCAGAGACAGUGACUGGCUCACAAAUACCUGCCUCAGCAGACGAAACAAUCACUGCGACAGUGGCCGAGGACGUUGAGAAGCCAUCUGUUCAAGAGUCAGAGUUGGGUGGGGAUGUUCCAGUGCAGCCCGAGCCUGAGGCUUCGGCGGAAGAUGUAGCCGGAGAUGAAAAACCUACCGAGGAUAAGCCCGCUCAAGACAAUCCUUCUGAGGAUAGCCUUGCCAAAGACAAGCCUUCUGAGGAUAGCCUUGCUCAAGACAAGCCUGUUGACGAGCUUUCAACUGCCCUGCCAGAGGCCGUUGUCGAUGGAGAGCAGCCCAAAGUGGAGAGCCACAGCAAGACUGAUACCUUAAAUGAUGCACCAUCAGAAACUGCACUAGUGGAGGAGACUGCCACCGCCAAGACUUCUCUAGAACCUGAAGCAGCAGAAGAUGAACUGGCUGAACCAAAAGCAGAAUCUCAAUCCGAGCCCGUUGACCCGGAGACCCCAUCGAAGAAGUCAACGAAGAAAAAGAAGAAGGGCAAGGGAGGAGCACAGGGCGUUGAGGAAUCUCAACCUGAGGUUCCUCGGACUGAAGAGACUUCAAAACCUGAGGACAAACCAAGCGAUGUCUCUGAACCAGCUACUGAGUCAGCACUUGUGCCACCCGCUGAAGCCACUGCUGAACCUACAGAGGCAAAAUCAGAACAAGCCGUUGAAACUGCGUUGGGGCUAGCCGCUGAGCCUGUUGUUGAAACUAUGUCGGAGGCACCCGCCGAGGAUUUGGUCAUUGGGUCAACUAUUGAAGACCGUGGUGAUGUUGCAGUCGCAGCACAGUCAAUUGAAGCUGACACCCUGAACGACACCACACCUGAAACUGCGCUUUCUACUCAAGAAGAACUCACCGCUGAAGAUUUGAGUAAAAUGUCGGCUAAGGAGAGAAAGAAGGCUAAGAAGGCGGCGAAAAAGAAGAACCAGCUUUCUGAGGACGCACCCUCCAAAGCGGAACAAGAACUCAAAGAAGAAUCCAAGGAGGAGCCCAAGGAGGAACUCAUGGAAGAAUCCAAGGAGGAAUCCAAGGAAGAACCCAAGGAAGAAUCUAAGGAGGAACCCAUGGCAGAACCCAAGGCGGAACCCAAGGACGAAUCUAGAGAUGAAUCUAAGGAGGAAUCCAAGGCAGAAUCCAAGGACGAAUCCAAGGAGGAACUCAAGGAGGAACCAGGGGCUUUGGCCGACGAAAAAUGCGCUAGCUCUACAGAGGUCCAUGAACACGGUGCCACUGAAGAAGCUCCUGUAGAUGACCUUGCUAUUACUGAGCAAGUACGCGGCGAUGCUGAAUUUGGAGUUGUUUCAGGGGAGCCGUCUGUUUCCCAGGAUCCUGUCUCUCAGCCGGACGAGGACGUAACUUCUCCAUCAAAGAAGAAGAAGAAAAAUAAGCGCAAGUCCGUGCAACUCGAUGACACACCUACAGUUUCUGGCGAGACCGCAGGCGAUCCAGAGUCCAAGACAGAAAAAACUGAAGACCAGCCAGAGAGGCAGGAAGAGCCAAAGGUCGAGGCCCUGACUGCAGCGGAAGCUCAGACAAUUACCGAGACGCAGCAGUUUUCCGAGGGACCCAUCGGUGAUGACAAUUCUACACUCGAUAUCAAUCAAGCUGCUGCUGCUGCUGCCGAGGAAGACAAGAAGGCAUCUGAACCCACCGAUGAUUUGACGCCAAGCCAGGACCUGAUUUCAGAGCCACUGUUCUCCCAAAAUGAACGACAGGUAGAAGCCACAGAGGGAGCUUCUUCAACAGAACCUACCCAAGCCACUGAGCCGGUUGUAGAAGAACUAGAAGAAACUGCAGGCUCUAAAAAGAAAAAGAAUAAGAAAAAGAAGAGCAAGCAGGCAGCCUCAGCACUUGAAAUAUCGGAAACACCUACGCCGGAUAUUACUUUGAUUCCAGAAGACCAAGAGCAGCCCAGCGGCGAUACAGAGAAUCCUAGCGCCGCUGCCAUCUCAUUGCCGGAGCCGGUUGCUAAGGCCGAGGUAGACUACAACGCCAAGGAACAAAAGCCCAAAGAUGAUGCAGGAUCAGGCUGGGGUUUCCUCAAUAAGUUCUUUGGAAGGAAAGCCUCAGAUCAGGAACCUCAAGAUGUGCUCAGAGAAACUAAAACCGGCAUUGAAGACUCCAGGCCUGAUGGACUAGGCGCGACUGAUGUUCCUGAAAUAUCUAGAGAAACCGAUGGGAAGACAGAGAAGUCCAUUUCCGGCGACUUUGGUUUAGUCGAUACUCCCGACGCUGGAAAAGAAGAAUCUAAGGUUGAAGCGCCAGGCUCAAGUGAUAUCCCUAUCGUCAGUGGAGAGGUCACUGUCGGCACAGAGGAGCCCAAGGAUGAAACUCUCAUUGCAGAGGCGCAACAAAAACUGCCUGAAGAUGAACCGCUUAGUCCGACGAGUAAGAAGGCAAAGAAGAAAGCCAAAAAGCAGCAGGCCAGACUGAGCUUAGGCAGCACUCCAGAGACGCCACCAGAAACAGCCCAAGACACGGCACUGAAUCCUGCAGAAGAAGCAGUCAAGGUGGCGGAACAGCCCGAAGCUGUGGAGCAGAAUGUGAAAGACGAACAAACCAUCCCCGAAAUAACCGAAAUCUCUACCGUUGAACCCGAGGUAGUAGCUGAAUCUGGCGAGGCUCGGUCCGAGCAAGCUUCAAAUGAACCUUCUACAGAUCCCAAGUUGGAUACCGCCGUACCUGCUGCUGAACAGGAGGCCGAAGCCGAGACAUCGAAGAAGAGCAAGAAAAAGAAGAAGAAGAAGGGCGGUGCGGAUUCCCCGGUUCAAGUGCCCAACACAGAUGCUGAUUUGCCGGAUUCUUCCCUUCAGGAAACCGAUAGGACCCCGGAUACUGGCCGAAUCCAGGAGAGCGGAACCGAAAACGUCGUCGACCAUGGCGCAGAGAAACCCUCGAGCUUUGUUAUUCCUGCCGAGGAACUCUCGACCGGCCUGGAAUCCGAAGCACAAGACGACAGGGGUGGGUUCAAUUCCAAGAAUUCCGAAACGGAUGAGCAGAAUAAGAAAGCUAAAGAAAUCGAGUCUGAGGAAACACAGGACCCCGAAUCGACCGCCCCACCGGAAUCGGACGCGAACUCAUCUCGACCGCAAGAUGACGCAAACCGGACAAUAGAACCCUCCUCAAUAAUCGCCUCGGACGCCGUCUCGGACCCCUCCCAAGUUUCCAACCUAAAUCCUGUUGAAGAGAGUACCGGGGCUGCUGGAUUGUCUAAAAAAGAGAGGAAGAAAUUGAAAAAGUUGAAGGACAAGGAAAUGGCAUCUGGCGUUUUUGACGAGGGAAAUUCCAAUGAAGACAGCCAAGUUGGCGAACCCCCCUCUGUAUCUGAAGCGAAAAGAAAUGAAACGGUUAUGAAUGAUGAAACGUCAAAAGCAGACGAGACAAUAUCAAGGUCCGCCACAUUUGAUCUUGGCGAUAAACCUUCGCCUGCUGAAGAGACUGAGCCUACAAGUCUCGGUGAUAUGCCCGUUGGAGAGCAGGAAACUGGACUUGCCAGUACUUCUCAACCAGAUGUCUUGAACGAUGGGCCUCCUAAGGAGGUUGCUGAUGCUACCAAUGAGAGCCAAUCUACCUUGGAUUUCGAAACUUCCGAAGCUGGAGCGAGGGCUGUUGGCCCCCAAGUUCAAGAAAAGAACUUGCAUGCCCAUCAAGAACCGGGGGACGAUGUGUCCAUAACACAGUCGGAACCUAAGCUUGAUGCUGACCCUGAGGCCAACCCGCAGCUUAUCGUAGAGGAGCUCCCUGAGGAGAAUUUGCCAGCCGUUGAUGAGGCUGUUGGAGUUGAGGAAGAAGCUCUCGACGAUCUAGACAAACCUCUUAGCAAGAAAGAAAAGAAGAAGAGGAAGAAGGCCCAGGCCGAAGCGGCGGCAAUAGCAGCAACAGCAGCAGGACUAGCGGCGAUUACACCCUUGGGUUCAGACGCCCCUGAUGCGCCGGUAGCACAACAUGACCCCAAGGACCUCAAUGAAGCAACUUCAUUGAAAGAAUCUAUCCCAGAUCCUCUCGACAUUCAUAUCGAGACUGAUAGAGCAGCUUCUCCUUCGCAGCCUGAAUUAUCACAGGUUGAGAAGGCACCUCCGACCACCACUGAAACCGAGCCUGCAGUCACAGUUGAGCCAGCAAUCGAAGAGGAGCCGAGUGUUGAGUCCAAAAAGAGCAAGAAGAAAAAAAGGCAGAAGAAAUCCAAAGAAUCUGCCUUGGACACCGAAAGUCAAGCGACAAUCUCUACGGAUGUUGAAGGACUCCCCGAGAAGGCUGAUGCGCCACCUGAACAGGAAGUAACUGGCUCCGCGGAGCCUAUAACUACGCCCUUUUUAGAUUCUACAGUAGUUGAACAAGUGGAGGACCGAAAAGUGGACAAAUCUGGUGAUAAUGAAGCCUCUGCGGGCUAUGGUUCUACGAGAGAUCCUCCUCUGACAGAACAAAUUUCUACGGAUGUAAUUGGCACUAGCUCUGGGAUAAACGAGCCUGCUGAAGCUGCCAAAGAACUUCUUACAGCAACAGAGGAAUUGACCAAGCUACCCCAAGUGCCUAUCGAAGCAUCGGAAGCACUUGGAAAGGUCAGGGAAUCAACAGAUACAUUGAAGGGCACUUUAUUGGGCGAAGAUGAUUCCCUUCCCAAGCCGGCCAGCCAGUCUUUGAAGAUGGGAGGUGACAGACUCAUACGUGCGGAAAAAGACGAAGGGGUACCAAGUGGUUCUGAUGUCAAGGAGCUACCCACCGAAUUGGAGCAUAGUCCCGACAAGCCACCUCCAUUGAAAUCUACAGCGACUACGGAUGCUACUGUUGAAAGCCUACAGGCAGAUGGCUCUGCAUUUCCCCUUGAGGAUGAGUUUUCAAAGGAAGACAAGGAAGACACUUUAGCUUCGGGGCCCGAGGCAAUCAUUGAGCCAGAGCAGGUUGUGGUACCACAACCUGAAGCCAGGCCCGAAGAGAAACCCUUGGAAGACUCACCCUUUGAGGUGCCAUCCGAUUCUCCAGCGGAUGCUCCACAGACCGCGGAAACGGAAGACUCACCAAGAAAUAAUGAUGAAAGCACAACGUUGGCUUCUAGAGAUUCCUUACUUGGCCAGGCUGUAGAAACGCAAGACCUCCCCAACGUUUCGGGCCUGUCCAAGAAGCAAAAGAAGGAAAUGAAGAAGGAGGCCAAAGCCAAGGCGUUGGUUGCUGAAUCUGUUUCUGACCCUGUACCCGAGCCUACCGCAGAGCCUGCCACUGAGCCUGGGCCUACUUUGGCUUUGGAGAAUGAAAUUGGAGAAACUUUACCUGGAGCUAAGCCUUCCGCCGAGGUGGCGAAAGUAGCAGAGGAAAACACGCCCGAUUCUCGACUGAUAUUAGGCAAAGAUGACAACGUCACCGAGCAGCUCUCACCAAAGGCUAUGGGAGAGAUCGAGGCGAGGGUGCCUGAGAUCGAAGUGCAAAAAGAAAUCGAGGCUGUGAAAGUCUCUGAAUCCAUUGAUAUGGCCGAGGAUAAAGGUCUUUCUAAAAAAGAGAGGAGAAGAAAGAAGAAAGAAGAGCAAUCAAAGGUUGCUGUCCUCGGUGAAGAACAGACCACAGAAAGAUCAAUGGAUUUAGAGGAGGUAAUUGAAUCUGCUGGUGGCCAAUCAGGUGCUACCGCUGAAUCGGAUGCCGGGGAAGAGCGUCAAGAUUCAGCUUUCUCACCAGAAAAUCUGAUGGAUAGUGUGCCUGUCCAAUCUGCACCGAUUAUCCGGUCCAACGAAAAGGAUGACGAGGCACCCAAGGGCGAAGGCAAAAUGGACGACAAUUCGGGAGAUCUCGGCAGUAAGGAGCUCAGCGAAGAGUUGCUAGCACCUACCAAAGAUGUCGAUAUUGCUAAAGAGUCAAGCUUCGUUUCUCAAGACAUGCCAUCCGGAGCUGUAGAAGCUCGCGAAAUUCCCUCGACCAGUCAAGAAGACGUCCAAGAAGAAGAGAAAACGUUGGCUGACGACCGGGACAAGCUGGGAGGGUUAAGUACUGAGGUUCCAGGCCAACAAACCCCGGAGGAGGUGCCCGAGACUGUCGACACCGACAAGUCAGAUGCAGCCGAGCCCAAUAUUUAUCCGGAGUUGGAAGUGCCAGUUGUACAAGACUCCGCACCAGCUACCAGGGAUGAAGCGCCUAAUGCAGCUUCACCGCCUGUGGGGCCCGAAUCUCGCAUGCAAGAAGACCGCGAUGACAAGACUUCUUCGUCUAUGACUGGGUUGUCCAGCAAGGAAAAGAAGAAGCUGAGGAAGAAGGCCAAGACGUUGGGCUUGCCUGAUCCAUUUUUAGAAACUCCAGAGUCGCAGAAAGAAACCUCCACAGCCCUGGGCACCCAGGUUGAUGAGCUUGAGACAGGACCAGACUUCAAAGCCAGCAAAACUCCCGAGCCAAAGGCUUCUAGAGAAGUGCAGGGUCAGACAGAAAGUGGCCGACUAGAUGCUACCCUGACAGCCGAGCCAAUCCCGCAAGAGCCGGAGGAUCGUCCAGCCAGAAGUCUGGACAUUGUAGAACAUGAUGCCCCUGUGCAGAUCGGACCGCCGGAGCAGCCGUUCCUGCCUUCAGCUGAUACGACUGGACAGGUCGGACGCCAGGGACCUGAUUCGGUUGCGAAUCCAACAUUAGGCGAUGAGCAGCAGGCAAUUGAUGUUGAGACUGUUUUGAAUGACCCUAUCCCCGAGGUAGCACAGGCCAGUGAUACAAAUGAAAAUGCCGAGCCCCUCGAACCAACUCCAACCGCGCCUCAUGGGGAUGAAGAAAAGCAACAGCAGGUGCAAGAUGAACCAGUGGCCGACUCAGCGAGUGAUGCAAAGCAGCUGGACUCGAACAUACACCCGUCUCCAGAGACACCCGCGACGCCUGCCUAUCAAGAACAACCGCAAGGAGAUCGUGAAUUGGAAUUAGUAGAGCCGCCAAAGAAGUUGUCGAAGAAGGAAAAAAGAGAGUUGAAAAAACAGGCACUUCUGGCUAGUGCAGGAGCCGUUGAGGCUACUCCCGACCCUCCUAUUGUCGAAUCCCAACCGAUACUUGAACCGUUGAUUGAGCCGAAUGUUGAGAAUCAACCUUCUGCUAACUAUGGACAAGUCAUCGAGGCUACACCUCGCACAGAGGAAGACUUUGAGGAUCUACCUUCAGCUAAAAAAUCCAAGAAAGAAAAGAAGAAGGGAAAGAAAUCCGCUCUCGCGGCAGCGGCUGUGGCAGCGGCCGCAGGCACUACGGCCACUUCCCAGCCACAAGACACAGCACCUCAAGACAGAGCACCUCAAGAGACUCGAGAUAUCCCUGCCGAUAAUGACCGGUCCCUCAGUGCGGAAGCUGCGCCUGCUAUCGAUGAGCCUAUGCCAGAUGUGCCCGCCAGUGUACCGGCAGACAAAUCCUCUCCGGAGAGUACGCCUUCUGGAGCUAGUGGUCAAAUGCCUAGUGCGUCAACUUUUGAGCAGAAUGACGAACAUGGCGGAGAGGAGGCUCAAGGCUCCAAAGAAUUCCAUGAUAUUGGUGUUCCUGAGGAUUUUAAAUUUCAAGCCGCCCGAACUGAUGCAACCGUUGACAUCUUAGAUGUGCAGCAGAGCGAGGCCCUUCAGAGCGAGCCUGAGCUACAAGAUGCAAGGAAAUCUGAGGAUCGCUCUCGCCACGAAGAGCACUCUCGUGAAGCAGAUCAUCUGUCAAAAGUGCCAGAGUCUACACUUGACUCAUCAGGUGACCAGCUCCAGGGCCAGCCCGAUGUUGAGACGUUAACAGGUACUUUCCCCACCAUUGACAAGGCCCUGGGGGAAGGCGACAUUAUGGAAGGAAUAGAAUCAACAAGGGAGCUUCUUGACCCAGAGAUUGCUCCCCAGCCAGCGGCGAAGCUCGAAGAUACUUUGGAGCCUGGCGUGUCUCACCCUCAGCCUCAUAUCGACGUUGAGCCAGUUCUUGUAGAAUCUCAAGAAGUUCCAAGCCAUGUCGAAGAACCAAUAGUCGGCAAUGUGGAUACUCGGCAAACAAAAUCCGUACAACUUGUUGAUACUACAGAACGGGAUGGUGGUGUUUUGGAGAGAGCGGUGGGGCUCGAGGAGGAAAUGGAAGCAGCAAAGUCAAAAAAGAGGAAGGAAAAGAAGGACCAGGCCAAAGACAAACAGGUAGUGACUUCGACUUUCGAGACGGCGAUGCCAGACCCUGCAACUUCAGCUAAAACCACCGUCCUGGAUCAGACAGAAGAGCCUUUGCUAGUCGAGGACAAGGCAUCGAUGGAGGUUGAUAUAUCAAAAUCUCUGGAAGAUGUUGCUUUGAAAGGGCUACCUUCAGCAGGUGCAGUUGCACAAGAUACCACCACCCUUGUUCAUGUAGCUGUGCCUGAGGAUGUCCGUGGGACGACCUUCACUGACCAGCCAGCAACUUCUAAAAGGGAUACCUUGGAUGAUGAGAUUCACAACAAGACAUCUCCACCGAGAACUUCCAAGCCCCCAACAAAGCCUCUUUCCGAUUUGUCCAAAGCAACCCUGCCAACAGGAGACUCCAAGCAAUCUUCACACACCGAGACGAAGGAAGAAGGCCUGGAUAAGACUUUAGCUUCUGCUGCUUCUGCGGCCGCCGCCGCAACCGCAAGUGGCUUUUCAUUCUUGGCUGGACGAUUCGGUGGAUGGGGCAAGGAAAAGAAGGAUGAGAAGCCCGAGGUAGUGGAUAAGAGGACUUUACGGGAGAAGAAUGUUGUUGAACAUGAUGAUCAUUCUCCCUCGAAGGGUGUUGGAAAAAAAAAGUUGCGAGAACAGGAUGACAGCAAGAAGACUGGUGAUCUUCCGAGUCGGAAACCUACUGAGGUCAAAAAUUCACUGACCGAGAAAGCUUCGCUUGCCGCUAAAGAAAGCGACGAUUUCUGGAAGGGCCACGACGACCAUGUUACUGCCAGGGGCAAGGACAAACGGGAGACCUCGUUUUCAAGAGACAUUGAUGAUACCAAAUCGACGAAGAGUGGUUCUAAAGGAAAGGCAACUGACAAGGAAGGUACCAGAGAAGGAACUUCUUCCAGCCGUAGGGACACAGCCGGUCUUCUACGGCGUGAUUCUGAUACAAAAGAGCCUGCCGGCAAACUCUUUGAAGAAGACAUACAUGCAUCAUCGACAUUAGGAAAAGGAUUCGGUUCUAGCUUCGUUGACACUAGAUCAUCCCCUACUCGUUCACUACCUGUUGUGCAGGAGGUGCCAGAGGUAGAGAUGGACACGAGGAGAAGGGCCCCCAGAACACCGGUGGCCAGCCGCGAUAGUGGGUAUGGGGCGGAGGCAGAGGCAGCACCUGAGCCUCGGCAUCGAAGCCACAUGCUGGCUGAUGAAAAGCAGAGAGACAGUGGUGUCCAUUCUGAUGACGGUGAAGCCCCUAAGAUAUCGCGGGCCGCUACGAUGACUCCUGAUACUGGGAGGAGGAAGCUGGGACGGCCGUCUUAUGGCACCCCUGUAUUGGAGGAGCCCGUGACUACGAGGGUGACUCCAGAUCCGGAGAAGAAGAGGGCCAGGGCCGAGCCUGUAACACCACUGGAGAAGGGCGAGCCUUCACCGCUACGACUACAAAAGAUGAGGUCAGGUCCUUCAUUACGACCGAGCUCCAGUCGGCGACGGUUCGGUGAAGAUGCUGGCUCCUCAUCACCAUCACUGCGAAGGAUAGACCCUCGAGAGUUGCGUGCACCUUCACCGGCGAGCGCGCAGAAAUCCCCUUCGCCCACCUCGCCCCCAUCCCUGCUCCCAGCGGCCGGGGUGGCAGCAGCAGCAGCACUAGGAGCUGGCGCCAUGGCGGGAGCGUUGAGAAGCACAGGCUCGCCCGACGAGGCGAUGAGGGGCCGACGCAGCGUGUCAGACAACAGCAGCUAUCAAAGGCGAGCGACGGCGCAGAGAGAGUCGCCUCAGGGCGCUGGCUCGGCCGAGCGGGGCGGACCACGGAGAUCGGCGUCCAACACCAGCCUCCUGCGAAAACACACGCCUGAGCCACUCAAGUUUCGGCCUGAAACCCCAGGCAUCCAGGGCGUGCGGUCCACCCCCACUCCACCGCCGUCUCUUCGCCGAGUCGACAAGCGCGUGAGCGGUGACCUUCGGGCACUACGCCAACAAAACAACUCGACACCCGUCGCCAACGAGCGCCGUGUCCGCACCAAGGACAUGGGCGAUGUUUACGAUGGCGUUGGGGAGGGCCGCAUUGGCUCGCCUCGUUCGCCCACCCGGCCCCACAGCAUGCGUCGCCGCCAAAGCAUGCAGGUCCUUGAGCUCGAGUCCAGAGUUGAGCAAUUGAUUGCAGAGAACCGACAAUUGACAGAGGCCCGCGAGCACGCCGAGCAGGGCCUCACCCACCGCAGCACCUCGGUCCUCGCCGAACGCGACGCCCAGAUCGAAUCCCUCAAACAGUCGCUGCAAUUUCUACAGAACGAGGUCUCGCGCCUGACCGAAGUCAACGACGGCCUUACAAGUGCCAAUGCCGAACUCGCCCACAAGGACAAGACACGCUUCGCUGACCUCGAGGUUCGCCAUGCAGACGUCACCCGUGAGCUCGACCUGGCUCGCGGCUCCGAGAAUGCCUUCCAACAGACCAUCGCAGACAAGGAUGCCGAGAUCGCCGAUCUGCGUGCUCAGCUUGAAUCUGCCAAAGAACAAAUCCGCGAGAUGCAACGCCAGAUUCUCGAAUCCAAAUCUUCUGAUGCGGAGUUCCUGAAUCUUCGCGAUGAAGACCACUUUGACCAUCGCUGCCAACAGCUGUGCUCCCACGUCCAGCAAUGGGUUCUUCGCUUCUCCAAAUUUUCCGAUAUGCGAGCUUGUCGCCUGACGAGCGAAAUCAAUGAUGAGAAAACCAUUGAUCGACUUGACAAUGCUGUUCUCGAUGGCUCUGAUGUCGAUAGAUACCUCAGCGACCGAGUCAAACGACGAGACAUCUUCAUGUCCAUGACGAUGAACAUGGUAUGGGAGUUUGUCUUUACUCGAUACCUCUUCGGCAUGGAUCGAGAACAGCGACAAAAGCUCAAGUCUCUUGAAAAGAUGCUUACUGAUGUUGGCCCCCCACAGGCCGUACGCCAAUGGCGUGCCGUUACUUUGACCCUGCUCUCAAGGAGGGACACAUUCAAGCACCAGCGGGAUCAGGACACGGAAGCCGUGGUUCAGGCUAUCUUCCAGACUCUAAGCAGGAUUUUGCCACCUCCAGGCAACCUGGAAUCGCAGAUCCAGUCUCAGCUUCGUCGUGUCCUUCGAGAGGCAGUUGACCUGUCAAUCGAAAUGCGUACUCAGAAGGCUGAGUACAUGAUGCUGCCACCGCUGCAGCCUGAAUAUGAUGCGGACGGAGAAUUGUCCGCCACUGUUCAGUUUAAUGCCUCAAUGAUGAGCGACCGCAAUAGCAAAGGCCUCGCCAAUGAGGAGCUGGAGGCUGAGGGGGCUAUUGUUCGAGUUGUUCUCUUCCCUCUUGUUGUCAAGAAGGGUGAUGAUGAAGGUGUCGGGGAUGAUGAGAUCGUCGUGUGCCCAGCCCAGGUGAUUGUGGCUGGCGAUAACAGACAUAAUAUUGCUGGCUCAAGUGAUCUCGGAGGUGCAUCUCUUGGUGCACGCAGUCGCUUGAGUGUUGUCACCGAUAAUAUGGGUGGCUAA